AUGGAGUCGUUUAUCAACUUUGACUACGCCAGUGGAUUAAGCCCGCCCAAUAUACCUUCCAAGCCUGCCGUUUUCGACAGCAGGAUAAAUCUAACCCUCCAUAACUUGAAGAAUCUCACCUUGUCGAGACCUACACCGCACGAGCUCGAACAAUCUGAUACGGACAUCAGUAAAGGCAAACACAAUUUCACGCCUUACCAUAAGCCAAGGCCCGCAAGGACUGCAAUCGUCGACGAGACAUAUUAUCUACCUCCAAGUGAAUCCUACAACGAGAAAAUUCUGCGUCUCAGGCUAGGAAUAUCCGAGAACGUUGACAUCAGUUGUGCGUGGCCAAACGGCACAACGCCCUGGCAUCGCCUUAGCAAGCCAGAAGCUGCAAUGCUCGCAAUAUGGUUAACCAAAGACAAACGUGCGACUAUCUCGGAGAUCUUUGAGAUAAUCAUGCACCAGUAUCCGGCAUUGAGAAAGACGAAGCGACAUCAGGGAUGGCAGGUGGGUGGUUCUUUCACUGGCAUUAAAAUGGUUAUCUGA